UAACAUUUUAUUUUAAAAUAUUUACGCAUUACAUCAAGCCUUUAGCUAUGUUGUAUCUUGUAAGUUAGCUCGUGCAUUGUUUACGGCGCCAUUUGAUUUAAAAAUAUUUGUGGAAAAAAAAUCGAUUUGUUUGCACGUGGCUACUAUCAAAAUGGCUAUUCGUCCAGCAUACAAGCCGAAAAUCGUAAAGAAACGGACAAAAAAAUUUAUUCGUCAUCAAUCCGACAGGUAUGACAAAUUGGCUUCAAACUGGCGUAAGCCUAAAGGUAUUGACAACCGUGUUCGUCGUCGCUUCAAGGGUCAAUAUUUGAUGCCAAAUAUUGGUUAUGGUUCCAACCAGAAAACCCGUUUUAUGCUACCAAAUGGAUUCAAGAAGUUUUUAGUACACAAUUUGCGUGAACUAGAAAUUUUAAUGAUGCAAAACCGAGUAUAUUGUGCCGAGAUUGCUCAUGGAGUUUCGUCGAAGAAACGAAAGGAGAUCGUUGAACGUGCUAAGCAACUUAACAUCAAAGUUUCAAAUGCAGCCGGAAGACUUCGUUCUCAAGAAAAUGAAUAAGGCUUGUAAUAAACAUGGAAAUCUGAUGAACAUAA